CUUGCUUACUCCCGUUCUAUUAUUUCAUUUCGCAACAACCUCCUUCCUAAAAGUACCAACAGUAUGGACUCUCUUGCACAGGCUGCGGCGGCGACUGCCGAGGAUUUCAGCGAUUUGGAUGCCGAAAUCAGGCGUUCAAGCACAGACGAGAUUCGCAGCCGCACGCGACUCAUUGACAACGAAAUCCGUGUGCUGAAGAGCGACUACAGCCGGCUGACACACGAGCAGCACAACAUGACCAUCAAAAUCAAGGACAACACGGAGAAAAUCAACAUCAACAAGCAGCUGCCGUACUUGGUGGCGAAUGUGGUUGAGGUUCUGGACAUCCACCCAGACGGCGACGAGGAGGAGGAUGGGGCCAACGUGGACCUGGAUGCGCAGCGCCGGGGCAAGUGUGCGGUGAUCAAGGCCACGACGCGGCAGACGGUGUUUCUGCCGGUGAUUGGGCUGGUGCCGUCUGAGGAGCUGACGGCUGGAGAUCUGAUCGGUGUGCACAAGGACAGCUUCCUGAUUCUGGAAAAGCUGCCGGCAGAGUAUGACUCGCGCGUCAAGGUGAUGGAGGUGGACGAGAAGCCGACGGAGGACUACAGCGAUAUCGGUGGGCUGGACAAGCAGGUGGAGGAGCUGGUAGAGGCAAUUGUGCUGCCAAUGACCCAUGCGGACCGGUUCAAGAAGCUCGGUAUCAAGCCGCCCAAGGGCGUGCUUAUGUACGGGCCGCCAGGCACCGGCAAGACGCUUUUGGCACGUGCGUGCGCGGCGCAGACGCAGUCGACAUACCUGAAGCUGGCAGGUCCGCAGCUGGUGCAGAUGUUUAUUGGUGAUGGUGCGAAGAUGGUGCGUGAUGCAUUUGCCCUGGCCAAGGAGAAGGCUCCGACCAUCAUUUUCAUUGACGAGCUGGAUGCAAUCGGCACGAAGCGGUUUGACAGCGAGAAGAGCGGUGACCGCGAGGUCCAGCGCACGAUGCUGGAGCUUCUGAACCAGCUCGACGGGUUCGGCAGCGACGACCGUAUCAAGGUUAUUGCAGCGACCAACCGCAUUGAUAUCUUGGACCCGGCGCUGCUGCGUUCAGGCCGUCUCGACCGCAAGAUCGAAUUCCCGCUGCCCAACGAGGAUGCGCGUGCACGCAUCAUCCAGAUCCACUCGCGCAAGAUGAACGUGUCGAGUGACGUCAACUUUGACGAGCUGGCGCGGUCGUGCGACGAGUUCAACGGUGCUCAGUGCAAGGCCAUUUGCGUGGAGGCUGGCAUGAUCGCGCUGAGGCGCGGAGGCACCAAGCUGUCGCACGAGGACUUCAUGGAGGGAAUCCAGGAGGUCCAGGCCAAGAAGAAGACCUCGUUGCAGUACUUUGCUUAAAGACCACCUAUUUCUCUUUCACCGUUCAGAUAUACAUCUACCAACCAAUGGAACUUGGGCUUUUUCCUUGCAAUACACAUAUGU